CUUUUCUAUCAGACCCAAAUAUCAAGGCCUUGGGGUUUAAGAAAGGGCUAUAAAAUGCAAAUGCAAAAGCAAAAUGGCAAAAACUAGCGCUGAGAGCUCGUCAAAUGCUAAUCCAUUUUCGGACCCGGAUCCGAUCUCCAAAGCGAACCAACCCAUUCAAUCCAUUUCCCACUCCUUUACAAAGCCAAAUCCCCAAAUCCUCAAAAACCCUAAAAAUGUCUACAACGCAAUCAAAUCCAAAACCAAAAAGACCCACAUGUCCAUCUUGCUCCAAACCCACCCGAGUCUGCCUCUGCUAUAGGAUCCGGACCUGGAACCUUGACAAUUCUGUAAGUGUAACCAUUCUUCAACACAGUUCAGAAAGAAACCAUCCUUUGAAUUCUACUAGAAUUGCAAAAUUAGGACUCAAAAAUCUCAAUGUAGUCACUGUUUUUGAAGUUGAUUUUGAAGCCCGGUUUGAAAUCAGGUUGUUGGAACCGGGUCAUGAGUCGGGUAUGGGUCGGGUUGGAUUGGAAAGUUCUGGGUUUGGUCAAGUGGGGGGAAAAGAAGAGACGCAGAAAGUUGGUUCUGAGAGUUUUGAUUUUUCCGUUGAGGGAAAUGGGAAGUGUCCAUAUGAGAAAAGUAGGGACUUAAUCGAAAAGAAUGAAGAAUUUAGUUUGGAAACAGAUGUUAGUAGGAGUGCGGGAAAUCCUUUAAAAGGUUUGAAUUUUGUGGAGAAUUUAGAUGUUUCUAGUGGUGAUGAGGUGUUGUUAGAGUUAACUGGUAGAGAAUGUGCUAAUGCAAAAGGUUCAUUGGACUUGAUUGACAAAAAUGGAGACUUUAGUUUGGAAAAUGAUGUUAAUAGGAGUCGAAAAGCGGGUAAUUCUUUAGAAGUUUUGAAUUUUGUGGAGACUUUAGAUGUUUCUAGUGGUGAUGAGCUAUUGUUAGAGUUAACUGGUGGAGAAUGUGGUGGUGUAAAAGGUUCAUUGGCUAUGAAGAAUCCUUGUGAGAAGUUAGGGAAAGGGUCUAAUUUGGAUGGUAAUUUGUUAAGUGAAGCUGUUUUAGAUGACAGAACUGAUUUUGCUCAAAAUGGAGCCACUUCUAAUGAUAGAGAAGAACCUGUCAUUUGUGCUAUGAUGAUUAAGUAUGGACGUAUUUCUGAUCUUUCUCAUAUUUGGAAGGUGGACAUACAUGGGAAGAAGCCAAAGUUUGAUCACAUUUUGGCCUCUACGACGGCCAGGGAUGCUUUGGCAGGAGGAUUUGUUGUGAAAAAAUUUGGAAGGCGGAAACUGGAUGGGAAAAUGGAAGUGGAAGAGAAUGAAGAGUUUGAAGUCAAGGUUCCCCCUGGAUCUGUGCUUCUAUUCCCAAGUCAAUAUGCAGUUGGAGUUGAUGACCUUAAGUGUAUGAAUUUUGAAGUGAAGAAUUUGAUUGUUUUAGAUGGGACAUGGUCCAAGGCUGGGAGAAUUUACAAUGAGAACCCCUGGUUGAAGCUUUUGUCACAUCUGAGGUUGGAUUUGGACAAGAUGAGCUUGUAUAGUGAAAUAAGGCAUCAGCCAAGGGCAGGAUGUUUGUCAACCAUUGAGAGCAUUGUGUAUACCUUGAAAGCUUUGGGAGACAAUGUUGAUGGAUUAGAUAAUCUCUUGGAUGUUUUUGAGUCCAUGGUUGGGGAUCAGAGGCGACUAAAGGAUGAAAGGUUGAGCAAAUUCCCUAAAGAUUGAUUCUACUAAUUUUGCAUUUU